CCAGGUGAGUUUUUUCCGCGGUGCAUUGAUUUUCGUUUCACCUGUAGCGUGCCAAAAGCGCCCGCUUUUUGUCAUCGGGUGCCAUGGGGAACAACUGUUGCGCUACCAGCGACGCGGAGGGCGGUGAGGUGACGGUGAACAAGAGUGUCAAGGUCUCGGACAUGGUCGAAUCGCUACAUUCCUCAGUGGCGUCGGCCGAUCAAUCCUUGAUUGAAAAGCUGGAAGGCACUGUGUGGGUGCGAAAAUCUGAUGGCAAUCCCAUGGCCCGCAUCGAGAGGGCUCAAGUCAUUUGGGACGAGUCCUUCAAAUCUGCCAACAGUUCACUGAGUUCCAAUGGCACCAACGUUUUGGUCAUGAACAUCAGAGACAAGGAGAAAUCCUACAGCUUCUCAGGCGAAGUGAACCUGAGUGCAGUGCCCAUGACCAUCAUCUGGUCCGACGGGGAUUUGUGGGUGAAGAAGUAGAGGCGAAAAAUGGG